UCUGUUUUCGUACCAACGUUGUUCCGGCCCGGGCAUCACUUUACACGAGAUUCUCACAUGAAGUGUGGGCAUUGGGCAGUCAGAUACGAGAGUACGAGCGAACUACUCCGUACGUACGACCACCAUUUUUGCCUCACCUUAUCGCUGUUUGAGUCAGAGCUUGUCAAUAGUCGAUCCCGACUUCCCGAGUAAACCUCCGCUUCGGUCGCUCGGUGCACGUCCUCCUUAUGACGUUCCAGCCCUACACGGAGUACACAGCCCUCGUAUUCGUCGUAUCCGUGUGGUUCGGAAAAUCUUCAAAUCGGACGCAAGAACCAAGACAAGCUCAUCAAGCAUUUUGCACAUGACCGGAGAGGGAGGUGCAGGAGAGUCAUGAGUAGGUCAGUAUCCAGGCUAGCAACUCAGCUUGCCUGUGAACCUGUCGAUGCCUUUUCCCGAACGCUUUUUCGAAACGCGCAUUCUCGACAAUGGCUCAAAAGAGGCGGAUCAAUCCAACCACAUAAUAGAAACCACUCCACGACACACUCUCCUCCCGUGUCGUCCUCCUCCGUGUCCGCCGACGAGGUCAGUCAUUUCUCCCGACUGGCCUCGACAUGGUGGGAUCCUCACGGCCCUUCGCGGCUCCUGCACCUCAUGAACCCCCUCCGUCAUGACUUUAUAAAACCCUGUCUCUCACCCACGACAUCGACACCGACCACCCCGGACCAGAAAUACACAUACCUCGACAUAGGCUGCGGAGGAGGCAUCUUCGCCUCCUCGGCCGCACGGCUCCCCUCCACGCGCUCCGUCACCGCAAUCGAUCCCACGCCGCUCGUGAUCGAGGUCGCGAAAUCCCAUCAGCGGUCCGACCCAGCCCUGUCCCCUCCGAAACUUACAUACCUCAACUGUGCGAUCGAGGACCUGUCCCGGCACGUGUCGCCCGAGCAGGAACAGGAGCAAGAGCGACGGCAAUUAUACGACUUUAUCACCGUCUUCGAGGUCCUCGAACACAUCUCGCAGCCGUCGGCGUUUCUCGACGUUGCCUCUGCCCACCUCAAACCUGGCGGGUGGCUGAUCGGCAGCACCAUCUCCCGCUCCACCACGGCGUGGCUCACGACCAAAGUCAUCGCCGAGGCACCCUUGGUCGGCAUCGUGCCCGCCGGCACGCACGACUGGGACCAGUACAUCAACCCGGACGAGCUGCGGGGUUACUUCGAGUCACGCUCCGGCUGGACCGACUUUCACACCCAAGGCGUCGUCUAUGUCCCGGCGCUCGGCUGGAAGAGCGUCCAGGGAAGCGAAGAGUUUGGGAACUAUUUCUUCCGAGUCAAGAAAAGCGGACUGAUCCAAUGAACUGUACAAACAUACAUCCACAUAAGCGAACGUUCACCACCAAAAAGCGACCCGAAGAUACCCUGUAUGAUAGUCGGCGAGCGAAAAACGAUAGACGUGUACGAGUACAAAAGUGUAUAUAACAAACAACCACUGCUUGAUACAAGUGAUUUAACAGUGGAAAAGACCUGUCCUGUCUGUAUGGACAUGGAAAGAAAUAUGUUUAAAUUGUACAAUAUGACAGCUCAGAACCAAUCGAUCGAUCACUGUCCAUGCCAACGCCAAAUGCUGUGCAUCGCUGUUUGCAGAUGCCGGGGUAUCUCGUAAUAAUCAAAACACCGUUCCAGGUCCUGUUCAUCCCGGAUAUU